UCCGUCCAUCUCGCCUCUCCGAACUUCAUCCAGUCACACCGUAGAUGCUCAGGCGCCAAUGAACUCCGCGCCUGACCCGGAGAGAGCGGGCGUGGCUUAAGGGAGGACCACGCCCUUCUCUGUGACUCCACCUUUGGCCUCCCCGAGUUUUCCAACGAUGGUGUCCCCAGGGGAUCAAAACUUCAGCGUCACAGCUGGGACUGGCUUCGUGGUCCCUGAUGGGAGAGCAUGAAUAGGUGCGACCCUCUUUUGGCUGGCCUAUCCCGGGACUCUGACUACUGUUUCUCUCAUCUCUGCUCACCUCCCUCACUCUCCAUCACAUCUUGGCCUGCUAAGGAGAGGGGCAAGUACUCACCACCUCUUGGAGAGCCCGGGUCCUCCUCAGACAAGGCUUUGGCCUGUAUGACUCACUGGUCCAGGACCUUGGAGCCUGAGAUUGUGAACACUGCUUCUGAACAAGCAGUGAAGCCUGUGGCCUGGCAGAAGGAGUGGGAGUCAGAACCUCAGUCUCAUGAGGCUAUACCCUAUUCCAACUUGAGCAAGGACGAAUAUCAUGACCAGGACCUUGUGAAGAGGAACCACGGCAUAGCCAAGAAGUCCCUGGAGCCCAGCUCUUCCAAAAUUAAAGUUAAGAACACCAUGCUAAUUCCUGACUCUCAGAAGCUCUUGCGAUGUGAACUGGAGUCUCUCAGGACCCAGCUGCAGGCUCAGAGCAAGGCUUUCGAGUUCCUGAACCACUCUGUGACCAUGCUGGAGAAGGAGAGCUGUCUACAACAGAUCAAGAUCCAGCAGCUUGAAGAAGUGCUGAACCCCACGAGCCGCCAAGGAGAGAAAGACAGCCGUAAGUGGAGCACAGAGCAGGGCCGACAGGAACUGUAUGGGGCCCUGGCUCAAGGCCUGCGGGGGUUGCAGAAGACACUGAAGGAAGGUGAGGAACUGCAACGGGCCCGUACUACUCGCUGCCUGCAGCUGUUGGCCCAGGAGAUCCGGGACAGCAAGAAGUUCUUGUGGGAGGAACUGGAGCUGGUGCGGGAAGAGGUGACUUUCAUCUAUCAGAAGCUCCAGGACCAGGAGGAUGAGAUCUCAGAGAAUCUCCUGAAUAUCCAGAAGAUGCAAAAAACACAGGUGAAGUGCCGCAAGGUUCUUACCAAGAUGAAGCAGCAGGCAUUUGAUUCAUCCUCAUGGCCAGAGGCUGAGGGGGUGCCCGCAGAAGGCAGUGGUUGCUGUAAGGAUGACCUUCAGAAGGAGCUGAGUGACAUAUGGUCUGCUGUUCACAGUCUGCAGAGCUCCAUCGACUGUAUUGCUUUGUCCAUGGGCACCAGACCCAGGGCCUCCAGUCUCAGGGGCCAGAAAGGACACCAGUGCCAAAGUUCUCAGUGCCCCUCCUGGGACUCGGAUUCUGACUGGGAGAGACCUUUCAGCAAGAGUGGAUCCUACCCUCCCGGUACAGACCCUACGCAGCCCCUCUCGACCCCUUACCAUCUGGCCCACUUGUGAGGCCCACAGUGUAGGCCUUGAGGCUGGCACUCUAACUGGGCAUUUGGUCCCUGGCUGGCAACCCUGAGUUUUCCAGGUUCAAACCAGACUACGACCUACCUUCU